AUGACUGUGAUACACUCCACUUCAUCUACAGUUAUGUAUUUGGAAAUGGAAACUUCAAACGGGACAAGGAUAACCGAAAAUCAUACUUAUCAAAACGAUGUGAAUAAAUUGCACACGAAGGUUCAUCACAAACACACAAUGAGCUUUCAUUCUUCUUCGAAUUCAGACUCAAACGUCGGCAGUCCCAGAUCUUCAGAUGGAGAGUCAACGUCGACUUCUACUUCGGUAGACGAGGUAACUUCUCAUAAAGUAUUGACUACUGCACAUGAAAUGGAUACAAGAUCACAACAAAUAUCCCCAAUGCUAGAUUCAGUGUUUACAACUCCAAACAACGUACGACAAUAUGAUCAACAUAACAUUCGCAAUAAUAAUAAUAAUAAUGAUUAUAACCAUAAUAUAAAUACAAUGGGAACAGACAAAAAUGUGCUGAGGUCCUUAUCAUCAAGUGAAGAUAUAGUACGAGAAGACAUGACCUUGACUAGAAAUGAUAUUUAUACAGGCUAUACCGCUUCAGAAGAAGGAAAUAGUUCAGGUAAUCUCGUGACUGCAAAUUCAUCUCCUAUAAUAGAAGAAAUAGAAUCUCAUCUGCUAAGAGAAAACUUUAUCACUGCUAAUGAUAACAUAAAUAAUAUAACAAUAUUAUCGCAUACAUCAAGUGCCUUAGAAAAUAAUGGCUACAAUUCCAAUAAUAUCAUUAACAAUCAUCAUCAUCAUCACCACGAUAAUCAUAAUAAUAAUACUAACAAUAACAAUAAGAAUAAUACUAAUUAUAAUAAAACUCAUAACAUUAAUAACGAUAAUAAUCAUAAGCAAAAUGAUAAACCUACCACGCAAAUUCAGGAUAAUUCAAGUGACUCUAAUGAACCCAUAAUAACAAAUAUAAAUAUUACUAAUGAAGAUUCAAGUUUAAAUGACCAUAACCAUGACCAUAUUUACGAUAUUAAUGAUAAUAAUGACAAUAACAUAAAUAUUGAUAAUACUCAAAAUAAUAGUAAAACCGAUAAUAACCAGAACCUUGUGUCCGACAUACACAGUAUUUUAGAUACUACAAGUUUAAUAGAAACAGGAUCUUUUGUACACGAUAUUAACGACGAUGAUAUAUUAUUGAAUACCAAGGUUUCAAGAACGUCCACAAAUGUAAGGAAGAGCAUGAAUGAAGCAUCGAGAAAAUCAGUACCAUCGUUUUACUCAUCAAAACACUCUCAGAUAUUUCCACUCGAUGAUCCAAAUGUUGGAAAAAGUGCAAAUAAAGUUGAUAUAUUACCAAAUAUUUCAAUGACUUCUCUUCCUGUUCCUAACUUUAGCAGUUCCGAACACUCUAAAAAUAUAAGAAAAUGUCCAUCAUCAUCUUUCACUUCAUUGCCUCCAGUGCCGAAUCAUGGUGCACUAAAGAGAUCUGAAUCUGCAACUGCAGAAAUUAGAAAGAUGAGAGAAAACCUACUUCACAAACGAGAAAUGAAGCGUAGUAGAAAAUCUUUCUUAUUGGAUGAUGACCGUGUUCUCAUUGGAAACAAAGUUUCGGAAGGUCAUGUAAACUUCAUUAUCGCAUACAAUAUGCUGACAGGUAUUAGAGUAGCUGUCUCUCGCUGUUCUGGGAUAAUGAAACCACUAACAUCGUCUGACUUUUCAUUCACCAAAAAAUUGGCAUUUGAUUACCAUGGCAAUGAAUUAACUCCAUCUUCGCAAUACGCCUUUAAAUUUAAGGAUUAUGCACCUGAGGUUUUUCGAGAACUUAGGGCUAUGUUUGGUCUUGAUCCCGCUGAUUAUUUAGUAUCAUUGACAUCAAAGUAUAUUUUAAGUGAAUUACAUUCACCUGGUAAGAGUGGUUCUUUCUUUUACUAUUCAAGAGAUUAUAGAUAUAUCAUUAAAACAAUACAUCAUUCAGAACAUCUUCAUUUAAGAAAGCAUUUAAACGAUUAUUACAAGCAUGUUAAAGAAAAUCCCGACACCUUGCUUUGUCAAUUUUAUGGUUUACAUAGAAUUAAAAUGCCAAUGUCAUUCCAAAACAAAAUUAAGCAUAGAAAAAUUUACUUCAUUGUAAUGAAUAAUUUAUUUCCUCCACAUCUAGAGAUGCACGCCACUUAUGAUUUAAAAGGUUCUACCUGGGGUAGACUAACAAAAGUAGAUUUACAGAAAUUGAAAAACGAUUCAAAUUACAAACCUGUUCUAAAGGAUUUAAAUUGGAUCGACGAGCAUCAACACAUCAGUCUUGGCCCAAUAAAGAGACAAAAGUUUUUAGAACAACUGAGAAAAGAUGUAAAGUUACUGGCCAAAUUAAACACAAUGGAUUAUUCCUUAUUAAUUGGGAUCCAUGAUAUAAGGAAGGCCUCUAGGGACAGUGCCAUUUCUGGGAAUGUAUCUGAUGAGGAAUCUGGACAAGAAGCUGCAUCAAAUAGCGGGAGAGAACAUAGAAUCGACUUGAACACCAACAAACCAAACUCUGUUGUAUCUCACUAUUUCAAAGAGUAUGAAGGAGGAUUCCGGGCUUCAGAUAAGGAUAACAAGGAUUUAAACAUCAUAUACUACGUCGGAAUUAUUGACUGUCUAACAAACUAUUCAAUAAUUAAGAAAUUAGAAACGUUUUGGAGAGGUUUAGGCCAUGACUUAAAAGUUGUCAGUGCAAUUCCUCCUAGAGAUUAUGCUGAUAGGUUUUACAAAUUUAUAGAGUCUUCUACUGAUGCAUCUCCACAAAAGCAAUACAAAGAUAAUCCUAAUGUUAGAAAAUACAGGGAUUGA